UUUCAGACUAGGUCAGUGAUUUCAACAUCUCUCUUGAUGUUUUGAUUGUAAAACAUUUCUGAUUCUUUUGAAUUUAUUCUGGUUUUGACAUUUUUAAUGUUAACAAGGAUGGAAAAGUACGAGGCGGCACCUGUUGAGCUCCUAGCAUCUAAAAUAUCGGUAUGGUGGGACAUCACCAGCUGUCCGGUUCCCGAAGGUUAUGAUCCUCGUCUUGUCCGUAAGACUAUAGAAUCAAAGUUAAAGAAGACAUGCUACAGUGGUCCUCUCACCAUCACUUCCCUUGGCAACCUAAACUGAUGAAGUCCUGCAAGCCUACUCUUCCACUGGAAUAGUUCUGAAACACGACCCAUUCAUUGAAUCUUCUUAUUCUGAAGGAGGUGUAGCAUCAUUCAUUGCGGUGGAACUGUUUGGUUGGAAACUGUGGAAUCUACCCCCGGCUUCAGUGGUGUUCAUAUCCGAUCCCCAAAACAUUAGCCGCUUGACUCUGCGGAUGCAUACUAUAAAUAUGAGAGGAUAUAACAUUCUUCAUAUAUUGAAAGAUACUCCUGAGCUCCCUAUUAGAUUUUGGGGAUGGAAAAGUUUCCUGAAAGGUUGUUUUCCUCUCUCUCUCAGUUAUGAUGUGUUUAGUGUAUCUGAACUAUGUUUUGUUUUUUCUUUCCACCACAGAUGCAAGAAUGGGCAAGAAAAUUCAGGAGGAUGAGCUGGAUGAUUUCAAUGUUGAACCUGUUGGUAUUGUUUGCAGAGUAUGCCAUGUCCCCUAUUAAACAAUUUUCCAAAUUUUAUUUAGAUUUACUCAGUUUCGUUGAUGCUUAAUAAAACAUUGUAGAGAAAUAGAAAGUUUAAGCACAAAAGAAUCAAAGGUAAGUUUUACUAUCUGCAUUUUUUUCUUAAUUGAGUUUUAAAAAAAAUAAAUAUUUAUCUAUAGAUUUUGAGAAAUUUAAAGUAUAUAAUGAAUUUGAAAAUUUAAAUUGGUGAAGAUGGUUUCGGAACCAGAAGAAUGGCCAGCAUUUGAAAGUUAUCUGAAAGAUAUAAUAGUCCUACAAAGGAGUUUUUACAACUCAGAGAUCGUUCAUGUACCUUGGACGGAGAAUAAAAGGGCGGAUAGCUUAGCACGCAGUGCUAGAAAACAACCGUCUUUCGUCGUUCACAUGGAUGCAGAGUUGCCGGUUUGGUUUACAGAGUCAAGUUGAGUCUGUGAAUGUCUUGUUGUCAAAAAAAAAAAAAAAAAAAGAAUUUGAAAAUUUAAAGUAUAUAAUGAAUUUUAAAAUUUUAAAAAUCAUUUAAAUGGGUUAUCAGAAUCCGAACCGAACCGAACCUUUCCGAAAUUUAGAAAUAUCCGAAUGGGGAUGAAAUUUUGGACCCCAAAAACCCGAACGAAACAUGUAUAGACCCGAACCGAAUCCGAAUGGAUACCAGAAUACCCAUCCCUAGAUUUUACAGUGAGUAAAGUAAAUCUACAGUUCUAGUUAAAAUUGUAAAUGGUUUGAUAACUAGCCACAAAUACAACUGUUUUUAAUUUCUGUGAAAAUAUAGAUAACUAGUUAACCAAAGAGCUAACUAACAACGCUAUAUUAUGCAAAGAUUAGGGAACGCUCAAGAUCAAGGCACCUAACAACGCUAUAUUAUGCAAAGAUUCAGCAUCAAGAUCUUAUGUGGGUUCAGCUCUAGUUUCUGAGGCUUUGGCAGUAAGGAACGCUCUUCGAGCAGCAGCAGCUUUGGGACUAACCACCCUCAAUUUAUUCUCGGACUCCCUAGUCCUCAUCUCCACCCUCCUUUCAGGGUCUGAUCUGAAUGAGAUUGUGGGUCUCCUGGUUGACCUCAGGAACCUUGCCUCUCUCUUCAAUCACUUAUCUUUCUCUCAUGUUUCUCCUACUUGUAAUGUAAUGGCAGACUCCUUAGCCAAAUCAGCUCUAGCAAGGCUGAUGGCAGACAAUGCUCUCUUUAGAGCCUAGUAGUUUUUAUGAAUGAAAACCCCUUUCUGAUAAAAAAAAAAAAGUUAACCAAAGAGCUAAAUCUCAUAUUGCCUUUGUGGUUUUGGGGUUUUGUGGUUUUGUAUCCUAUCGGUUCCUUCAUUUUCUAUUUAAGAGUGACGAGUAGGAAAAGCAUACAAGUUCAAUAAUAUAAAAGCAACUUGAUUAGUUAGUAUUGUAGACCCCUUUCUGUUGAUACUUUAUUGUUCAGUUAACUGCCGUCAAUAGAGAUUUGACUGAGCAAAAUUCGAAUUUAAACCUGACAGGUUUUCUGUCAUCAAGUUAACCUUGCUAGUAAAACUUAUCCCUCUAUCUAAAUCAUCACUUUAAGGUUUGUACGUGUUAAGAUAUCAACAACUUCCUCACAGCAUUGUAUAAAUUGAAUGAAUACAACAUUUUUAUAUAUUUAAAGAUUCUCCUGAGUACACUGUUAAAAUUUGAGGCUGUGAAGGCUUCCUGCAAGGUUGUUGUCCUAUGUCUCUCUGUCGCUCUCUCAUGUUUUGUGCAUAUGAACUAUGUUUUGUUUUUUUCCCAUCACAUAUGCAAUAAUGGUCAAGAAAGUUCAGGAGGAGGAGAAGUUCAAAGUUGAACCUGGUAGUAUUUUCUGCACAGUAUGCAAUAAAUAUUAAUGAAUGAAAUGGAAUUAAGCAUCCUUUGCUUGCUUGCCUCCUCUCUCUUGCUUGUAUCACAAACCCUCUUUAUCAAAAACUGUUAUUGGUUGUCAACCCAGGUAUUUGGGAAAAUCACUCGGCGUCUAACCAAGGUCGACCCAAGAUGAUGAGAAGUAUAGAGCUUACCGAAAAUUUACCCAAGACCAAAGGCAAGUUUUAGAAGAAAAAGACAUGUCUGAUUUCCCCCCAUAAACAAUGCAAAUUUUAGUUAGAUUUGCUAACUUUGGUUGAUGCUUAAUAAUACAUUGUAGAGAAAGAGAAAGUUCAAGAGUAAGGACCAAGGAAUCAAGGGCAAGUUUUCUCUUUUAUUUUUGAGUCUUAAAACAAAUAUAUAUUUUUUUUCACUUUGUCUCUCAACUUGACUCCAAAUAUGAUUUUUGUAGGGAAGAACUUGAAUUUACUCGCUUUGGUGGAUGCUUUAUAAACAUAGUAGAAAAAAAGAGACAGUUUAAGAAUAAUGAUCAUGAUGAAGUAAGGAAUCAAAGUGAACAAGAGGAAGAAUAAGUUGAAUGAGACAACCACAAAAUGAGCUUCUAAACCAGGAAGAAAGCCAAAACAUACAUUACGGUUUUUUCUUACUAAAGGUUGGUCCAUUGGCACAUGCCAAAAACUGAAAUAAAAAUGCUUUUACUAUUACAAUAUAUACCAUUAGACAUAUUUUGACGUCUAGCUAUUAGACAUAAUUUUUUCCCCCUUUUUUUGUGGUUUUCUACGUUUUCUUUUGUUAAAAGAGAAAAUACAUAUAUAUUUUGGUCAUAUCACAUAAAUGCAUCCUUGGUUUGAUUGUAAACUGGUUCUAACAGAUGAUACUGAUCUAUAAUCAACACCUGUCGAGAUAAUUCACUUCUCAAACCCACAAUUUAGUUAGCAAACCAAGCGCUCGUAGCUUGGUGGUAAAGGAGGUACAGCUGUACUGCCCGCCAUCCGGGUUCGAGUCUUGGUCACAACGGAUUUAACAUCUCUUCCGUUGGGGCGCUGGACCCCUUUCGGGGGGAUAGUUGGGAAUGUGACUACCCAGAUACCAGAGUUAUCAAAAAAAAAAAAAAAAAUUUAGUUAGCAAAAUUAGAUAUAAUUCGGAC